CCAAAGCCACCGUUAAACAAACCACGAGCUACGCCUCUUCCGAUAAAAGCCGGCCCGGGAUCUCUCGCCCGUCCACAUCCACGAGUCGGAGGAGCUUCUAGUGACCAGUGACUGCUCGCUCGAGAUCGAUUCGGUUGCGUGACACGUGUGCAGCGAGAUAAGCAUGGGCGGCGAGGCGGCGGCGGAGCAGGGGCGGCGCAUCCUGGUGGCGGUGGACGAGGGCGACGAGAGCGUGCAGGCGCUGCGCUGGUGCCUCGGCACCUUCGCCGCGGCGGCGCGCGGGGACACCGUCAUCCUGCUCUACGUCCGCCCCGCGCCGCCCACCUACUCCUUCCUCGACGCCUCCGCCGUGGUAGGCUACCUGUUCUCGGAGGAGGUGACCGCCGCCAUCGACAGGUACAGCCGGGAGGUGGCGGACGCCGUGGUGGAGAAGGCGCAGAAGCUCUGCACGCUCUACGGCAAGGAGGAGGGUGAGGGUGACCACGAGAUGAAUGUCGAGGUGAAGGUGGCCGUCGGGGACGCCAGGACCGUCAUCUGCCACAUGGCGGACAAGCUCGGAGCCGACCUCCUCGUCAUGGGGAGCCAUGGCUACGGCUUCUUCAAGAGGGCUCUGCUUGGAAGUGUCAGUGAUUACUGCCUCAAGAACGCGAGCUGUCCCGUCCUCAUCGUCAAGUCUUAAUCCGAACCUAGUCGAGUGAUUAAGAAUGGAUCAGACAUGAUGCCCAUUGCCCAAGCGCUUCCCCAGGUGUUGUUCUCCCCGUUUCUUUUUUCUGAGCUUAGCUUUGCCUACGUCAAAUGUAUUUUGCCAGAGCCGCAGAUGUGUAAUGGUGACUGAAGUUUACCCAGCAGCAACCUGUAUGUAUAUAGUACUAAUACAACCUUUUUUUUUGAGUGGGUACUAAUACGACCUUAUGAUCAUGUAA